AUGGAUGCUAUUGCAUUAGUACAACGUUUUGGUAAACCAGACUUGUUUAUAAUUAUGACCUGUAAUCCAACUUGGCCGGAAAUAAAAGAACAUCUAUGGACUACUGAUGAAACACAAAAUAGACCUGAUUUGAUUAGUCGAGUAUUCAGAGCUAAAAUUGAAGAACUGAAAACAGAUAUAAGCAAGAGAAAUAUCUUUGGAAAAAUUGUUGUUUUUAUGUAUACUGUUGAAUUCCAAAAAAAAGCAACUGCUACUUCCGGCGUUGCUGCUGCUAUUUUUCCAGGUGGGCGAACUGCACAUUCACGUUUUAAAAUACCUAUAGACAUUGAUGAAAAUUUCAGCUGUAACAUCAGCAAACAAAGUUCAACUGCAGGUCUGAUUCGUGAUGCAAAAUUAAUUGUAUGGGAUGAAGUAUCUAUGGCUAAAAAAAGAAUGCUUGAUGUUUUUGACUUGCUCUUAAAAGAUCUUAUGGAUACAAAUAUUCUAUUUGGGGGAAAAGUUGUUGUUUUUGGAGGUGACUUUAGACAAACUCUUCCAGUUGUUCGAAACGGAAAAAAAGAAGAUUUUAUUAGUAAAAGUUUGCUAUAUUCUACCAUUUGGGACGAACUUGAAAAAUUACAACUGUCCGAAAACAUGAGGGCAAAAACAGAUCCUGCCUUUUGUGAUUACCUUAUGAGAAUUGAAAAUGGACAAGAGAGGGUCAACACUAAUAACAAACUUGAACUUCCAGAUUCUAUAAUUAUUCCUUUUACAACUGAAGAAGAAUCUCUGAACCAUUUAUUCACUCUGACAUUCUCAAAUGUACACACAUGCUCCUCUAAUCCUUUUUUGCAGAUUCUCGCGUUGUUUUGA